GACAGCCGAACGCAGCACAACGGGUCCCAUCCUGCUGUGCCUAGUAGACACCCGAGUUGUCUCUUUCCACGAAACGGCCUUAGGAGAGGAAAACGGCCAGCAAGAUGAAGCACCUCGUCCUCGUAGGCGCGUGUUACCUGGACACAAUCCUGACCGUGCCGCGCUUCCCCGCAGAAGACUCCAAGCUGCGGGCCACGGCCGUCCAGGUGCGCCGCGGAGGCAACUGCGCCAACUCGCUGGAGGUGCUCGCGCAGCUGCUCGCUGCCGGGCCGCAUCGGCUGCCGCCCGUCAAGCUGCACCUGGUGUCGUGCCUGCCCGACGCUGAGGCACCCGCCACGAGCAGGAUUCUAUCGUCGUUUGGCCACGGCGCCGGAGCCGCUGCCGUCGACUUCGGCUACUGCCUCUACCGGGAGGGCCACCAGGAGCCUGCGAGCAGUUACAUCAUCCGCAGCGCCGAAACCGGGAGCCGGACGAUUGUGAACUACAAUGAUCUUCCCGAAAUGACGGCGAGUGAGUUCGAGAGGAUCGUCGAUGCCUUCGCUGAGCACAGGGACGGGGAUGGGGGUGACGAUGGCGACGGGGUUGGGUGUUGGUGGCAUUUUGAGGGUCGAAUCCCAGAGACAACGCUUCGAUGCAUCCGGUACCUUCGACAGGCCCUGUCGCGCUGCACCAUCAGCGUCGAAGUCGAAAAGCCCGGCCGGGAAGGACUGGUAGAGCUCGCGGCUGAAGCGGAUGUCGUCUUCUACUCGAGAAGCUGGGCCGAGGUAAGUUCGUGUCACAGCGAGUCUCUUCCGAACCAACCAAGCAAGAAUCGGGGGUACACCAGCCCAGAGGCGUGUCUGAGGGCCGAAGCGCCAUCAUCGAGGGCCUCGUUCCUGACUUGUACGUGGGGGGAGCAGGGUGCUGGGGCGCUUGUGCUCCCCAGUCGUGAGUACAUCCACCAUCCUGCAAGUCCAUUCGGAGACAAGAUAUCAGUGGUCGAGUAGGUGGCCGUCUUCUGUUCCAUUUCGUGCCUCUUGGGGUGGAGACGCAUUUGCCUAGCUGCAGGUGAGACGACGUGCAGGUUGCGGAGAGUCUAGGCGCUGCGGCCUGCAGGACUGGAAACCGCCGUAUCGCACUUGCAUCCCGUCGGCAUGCCGCGUCUUUGCCUUGCGACUGACGCUCAUCGCCGAGAUCUGCUG